AUGGUUCGACAGACGUUCCUUGCCCGGGUCGCACUGUCUGCUGCUGCGAAUUUUAGCCAGAAAACUGGCUUCGGCCCCAAUCGUCUCUACAGGAAAGGGCUUCAUUUUGUUGGAACUGAACCCGAUGCCUUGAAAUAUCACUUGUUACAAGAUAAAAAGCCAGGCGAACCAUACGGACUGCAAGGAUCAAACCAUUUGCUUCCAGGCACUGGCAAAAUACAUUCCAAAUUGCCUGUUAAGGUUCGAAUGAAGAAGGAUAAAGUCUACGCCUGGUGUAGCUGUGGAUACAGUGGGAAUCAGCCACUGUGUGACGGAACUCACAACUCAAUUCGCGUUCCUGACUUGAAAUUGAAACCAGUGCGGUUUAUUCCUGAUGAAGAUAUUACGGUGUGGUUGUGUAACUGCAAGCAGACGAAAAACAGGUGCGCCUGUUUCCUUGUUGUUUCUUAG